UUCCCCUCUCCCCAGCCCUGACUCUACGCGCACAUGCGCACUGCGCCCGCAGCCCUGGACCAUUUGUCAGGACUACUCGUGAGACGGAGAAAAAAAAAAAAGAGAAAAUUUGGGGGAGAAGUCUUGGGGGUGGACAGCAAUCCCAAAGACCACCAGACAGUUAUUUCUUCACUGCCACUAGGUUCCAAAAUAAAUCAUGACUGAAUCUGCCUCUAGCACAAGUGGUCAAGAAUUUGAUGUAUUCAGUGUUAUGGACUGGAAAGAUGGAGUAGGAACGCUACCAGGAAGUGACUUAAAGUUUCGGGUAAACGAGUUUGGAGCCCUGGAAGUUAUCACAGAUGAGAGCGAGAUGGAAAAUGUUAAAAAAGCAACAGCUACCACAACUUGGAUGGUACCAACUGCUCAGGAAGCCCCGACCUCUCCCCCGAGCUCCAGGCCCGUAUUUCCACCUGCCUACUGGACAUCUCCACCUGGAUGUCCCACAGUCUUUUCAGAGAAGACUGGGAUGCCUUUCAGGUUGAAGGAUCCAGUGAAAGUAGAAGGGCUUCAAUUCUGUGAGAACUGUUGUCAGUAUGGCAAUGUAGAUGAGUGUCUUUCUGGAGGAAACUAUUGCAGCCAGAAUUGUGCCCGGCAUAUCAAAGACAAAGAUCAGAAGGAAGAAAGGGACGUAGGAGAGGACAAUGAGGAAGAAGAUCCUAAGUGUAGUCGGAAGAAGAAACCAAAAUUAUCUCUGAAAGCUGACUCCAAGGAGGAUGGAGAAGAUCGGGAUGAUGAAAUGGAAAACAAACAAGACGGAAGAAUCCUGAGGGGUUCGCAGAGAGCCCGAAGGAAAAGGCGAGGUGAUUCGACUGUAAUAAAGCAGGGCUUGCCUCCUAAGGGAAAGAAAGCCUGGUGCUGGGCGUCCUACCUGGAAGAGGAAAAAGCUGUGGCAGUGCCAGCAAAGCUGUUCAAGGAGUAUCAAUCCUUUCCAUAUAACAAAAAUGGGUUUAAAGUUGGCAUGAAAUUAGAAGGUGUGGACCCCGAACAUCAGUCCGUGUACUGUGUCCUCACUGUGGCUGAGGUGUGUGGAUAUCGGAUAAAACUGCACUUUGAUGGAUAUUCUGAUUGCUAUGACUUCUGGGUAAACGCGGAUGCUCUCGAUAUUCACCCGGUUGGGUGGUGUGAGAAAACUGGCCACAAACUCCAUCCUCCAAAAGGUUACAAAGAAGAAGAAUUUAAUUGGCAGACCUAUCUAAAGACAUGCAAAGCCCAAGCUGCUCCCAAGUCAUUAUUUGAAAAUCAGAAUAUAACAGUGAUCCCAUCAGGCUUUCGAGUUGGAAUGAAGCUUGAAGCCGUAGACAAAAAGAAUCCUGCGUUCAUCUGUGUUGCUACGGUGACAGAUAUGGUGGACAAUCGUUUCCUGGUACAUUUUGACAACUGGGAUGAGAGCUAUGACUAUUGGUGUGAAGCAUCGAGCCCACACAUUCAUCCGGUCGGGUGGUGUAAAGAACAUAGAAGAACACUUAUUACUCCUCCAGGUUAUCCAAAUGUGAAACAUUUUUCUUGGGAUAAAUACUUAGAAGAAACCAAUUCUUUACCUGCCCCUGCAAGAGCUUUCAAAGUGAAACCUCCACAUGGAUUCCAGAAAAAAAUGAAGCUUGAAGUCAUAGACAAGAGAAAUCCUAUGUUUAUUAGAGUAGCAACAGUUGCAGACACGGAUGAUCACCGAAUAAAAGUUCACUUUGACGGCUGGAACAGCUGCUAUGAUUACUGGGUAGAUGCGGAUUGCCCUGAUAUUCACCCUGUGGGCUGGUGUUCAAAAACCGGGCAUCCUCUUCAGCCUCCUUUGAGCUCCUUAGAAUUAAUGGAAGCUUCAGAACAUGGCGGAUGUUCAACCCCAGGAUGUAAAGGGAUUGGUCAUUUUAAGAGAGUGAGACACCUGGGCCCUCACAGUGCUGCCAACUGUCCCUAUUCAGAAAUCAAUUUGAAUAAAGACCGAAUUUUCCCAGACCGCUUAAGUGGUGAGAUGCCUCCGGCUAGUCCAUCAUUUCCAAGAAAUAAAAGGGCAGACACAAAUGAAAUCUCUUCAUCUCCUGAAAUCAGAGACCAGCAUCCUGAUGAUGUCAAAGAAGACUUUGAAGAGAGAACAGAAAGUGAAAUGAGGACAUCACAUGAAGCCAGAGCAGGUGCCCGGGAAGAACCUAGCCUACAACAAGCACAGCGCCGGUCGGCUGUCUUUCUGUCCUUUAAAUCACCAAUUCCAUGUCUGCCCUUGCGCUGGGAGCAGCAGAGCAAACUUCUCCCCACCGUAGCUGGAAUUCCUGCCAGUAAAGUUUCCAAAUGGAGCACAGAUGAGGUGUCAGAAUUCAUACAGAGCUUACCUGGCUGUGAAGAACACGGAAAGGUAUUUAAAGAUGAAGUAAGUGUCCCACUGAAAUGCAGUGAACGGUUAGAUGUUUUGAAUUGGGAGAGGAGGGAAGACAGCGCUGGUGUUGAAAUUGACAGAUUGGCGUGGCGUUGUCUAACAAGCAGCGUUCGCCAUUUGUACACAGAUGUCUUUCUGUGAGAUCGGAUGUAACAGAAGUGUUUGUACCAUUUUAUGAUGCUCCACAGCAAUAGCACCAGACCCGUUCCUAAAAAACAAACCACACACAAAAACCUUAAUAGCAUGCAUUUUCUUAUAGCACAGAAAGCAACCAAAGAGAGAGAUAAGCAACAUUUUAUUUUUAAUACAGUGAAAUUAGUUCCCAUUAUUUUAUUUUCAAACAUUACUUUAACAACACCAAGAUUAAAUUCAUUUAAUGUUAUACUAAAUAUUACUGUUACUGCUAAAACAACCCCUUAGAUCUUAUACCUAUCUCAGUAAUGUUUAUAAUAACUGAUAGUCAUUACCGUCUGCAUUUGGGAGAUUAGUUUAUCCUCUGCCUGCCCAAAACAUCAAGAUAAGAGAUGCUUAAUAAUGUUAUGACCUAUAUUGAACAUUAAAACAAAAAAGAAACUGGCUUUAACUACCGUGCAUGUAAUGCUAUUUGAGUAUAGCAGACUCUGUUCUCACUAGAGCCCUUUAAAAAUAAGCCCCUAGCCUGUCAGCGCCUCCAAGCAGAGCAGUCUGUUUUCACUCUCAUCUUGGCUACCAGAAGGUCGAAAGAAGACCCAAGUAAUCUCAGAAGGUUUUUCUAUAGUUACAAGUAUAUAUGCCUUCUUUGCCUCUGUGUAGCCUCAGCUGCUAAGAAUAGCAUACUUUCGAUUAAGAGCCUUGCAAGAUGAGCCUGGGUGGCUCAGCCAGUUAAGCAUCCAACUUCGGCUCAGGUCGUGAUCUCAUGGUUCGUGAGUUCGAGCCCCGUGUCGGGCUGUGUGCUGACAGCUCGGAACCUGGAGCCUGCUUCAGAUUCUGUGUCUCCCUCUCUCUCUGCCCCUCCCCUGCUCAUGCUGUGUCUCUGUCUCUCUCUCAAAAGUAAAUAAACAUUAAAAAUUUAAAAAAAAAAAAAAAGAGCCUGGCAAGAGUAUCAAGACAGCUAAGGAUCCAGGCAUCGUCAGCAUCAUUAUACUAUUAGUAUUGUUUUGCUUUAGACAGAAGCCUGCAAAAGUAUACAAGGAUCCGAUUUUCAGCAUCCUUUUUGUCUGAUUUAUGUUCUUGUUUCAAGAAUGUUUCAUCUUCUUUCUAGUUGGUCUUUAAUUGAUAGUUGUUCAGAUUUUGAGUUUCUUUCCUUAACUCCUAAAUUCUAAGUUCUUCAUGGAUCACACUCAGUUAAUUUUCAGUCCCUGAACAGAUUUAGACACCUGCAGGGAGCUGUUGUUCUUUCUGUGAGAAAAAAAAAAAAAAAGUCAUGUAGUUGUUACCUGAGAUAAUGAUAAAACAUUUUUUUAAAUAAGUUUAUAGUACAUCUAUAUUAGAACUGUUUUUGGUUCUGUUGAUAUCUAGACAAUCCAUAUGGAUUUGCUCUGUUACUUAGUUUCAGUAAGAUUCAAGUUCAAAUAUGUUCUUUCUUUGAAUAUGCUUUCAUGGCAUAGAAAAAUGUAUUCAAAGAAAGGACAUAUUUGAACUUGAACUUGAAUCUUACUGAAACUAAAUAACAGAGCAGCAGUGUUCUCAAAGCCAGAUCCUUUUUGUGAGGAGUGAGACAGUGAUUGUUUGCAUAGUCCUUCAUUCCUUUAUUUAUUCAUCCUAUAAAUUCCUGUGAAAUUCAUGUCUCACAAGGUCAGCAGGUGUUGGUUUUAAGGCCUAGAAGUAAACCAUAAAACAAAUCUAACUAAACCCUGGUAAGUCAUCUCUAAGAGGCAAAGUACAGGUGUUAGGACGGGCUACGAUUUGAACCAUGCUUGACUUCACUUUCUCUUACACAUUCUGCAUCUAAUCUGUUGAAAAUCCUAUUGGGCAUAUUUUGGAAACAUCCAGGGAUUCUGGCUGUGUCUCUGCCUUCCUCACUGCCACUAUGCUCUGAGCCCCUGUCCUCACUCACCUGGAUUAACACUGGAACGUCCUAACCAGUCUCCCUGCUUCUAAUUUUGCUCUUCUACAGUCUGUUCCCAGCCUACCCAGAAUGAUCCUGCUCAAAAUAAGUCAAAUCAUGUCACUCUUCCAUUCGUAGCCUUCCAGUAAGUAAAGCAGAAUAAAAGCAAAAAUCCUCACAAGGGCCUGCCGUGACCUCUAGAGAGGCGAGAACCUCCUGACCUCUGCUUGCUCCAUCCUUGGCUUACCCCAUUUGUUGCACACACUGACCUCCUUGCCAUUCUUCGUAUUGUCCGGGCACCUCCUGUGUCUGCCCUGCCUGGGAUGCUGUUCCUCCAGACGUUCACAUGCCGUGCUCCCUCUGCUCCGAUGCCACCUUCUCAGUCAUCCAUCCUUGCGCCUGCUGCGCAGCCACCUCCCCACCCAGAGGUUUUCUUCAUAGCACUGAUCACCUUUCAGAAUUUAUUAGUCAGUUCGUUACUAAUUAAUUUGCUUACCUAUCAUACUUUUUGAUUACAGUCUCUCUUCCACUACUAGACCAUAAACUUCACAGGGAGUUUUGGUUUACUCAUUUGCUUGGUUUUGCUUAUAUAUCUGUUUUAUUCUUUGCUGUAUGCGCAGGCCCAAGAAGAACGUCUGGAAUGUAAUAGGUGUUUAAUAAGUGUGUGUCGAGUGAGCACGUUCAUAUCUUUACCCUCUGAGAAAGACACGCAAACAGCAUGUCACUGUGAUUCGCAGAGUUAAAACAUGGGGAGCAGAACCAUGAGUGCUGGAAAGAGUAAUGAAAUGGAAGGCCAGAAUCCUGAGUUCCAAACCCUCCUUCAGAGUUUUGGGCUGUUAGCGAGAUACUUAAUCUCUAAUCUCUGGAGUUAGAGCAGUUUAUAUACAUCACAAAGGCAAACAGAAGCAAACCCAGUAUUACACUGCGGUGAUCACUGUGCUUAGAAAGUGCUUUCUCAAAUUUAGUUUACUUCCUUCCAAAUGAGGCUUGUCCAUAUGGUCACACAUUGGAGCAGCCUGUGUGAAAUAUACUGGCUGGCACCCGCCUCAAGCUGACUUUUUCUUUCCAGUGUAACCUUAAAAAUAAUCUACCAAAACUUCACCUUCUCACCCCACUCCUAGCUUUCAGGUUCCAGCCUUGCCAUUCUCUAAAUGUUUCUUUUCAUCAGUCAUCUGUCAUGUUAAACUCUUAUAUAAUCUCAAGAGACUCAGUAGGGCCCGAGGUUAUAAUAAACAGUUCCAUCUUUGCAAUGAGCUCCUUGGGAACCGGUGUGUUAGUUGACCUUUUCAUUAAUGACUUAGAAGACUGAUCAAACCGUUUAUGCUACUAAGGUCUGCCUUGGUUGAGUGAAGUGUUAAUAGAUCUGCCUCUCUGCUUGGCCUUGCUUGACCCGAGAACUGUCAGAGCACAAGCAAAUGAGACCAGAGCAAAUGCUCCCCAAGAAGCAACAGAACAUUUCUCUUAUCUGCCACUGAACUUGUCUUCAUUCGGAAAUUUACGUGGGAGUGCCUUUCCUUCUAGGGUAUGACAGACACUAAGAUGUUUCCUUGCUGAAAAUUGGGAAACUUCUUCCAAACAAUCAUUGCUUGAAGUUGCGUACUGAUUAAAAGGAUUUACAGGUUUGCUUUGUUAUUAGAGGAAAGAGGAAAAUCUUAAACAGCGGCUUAAUUGUUUCAGCCUUUAUUUAGUAAACUGUCUACAGAAUUUAGAGUGGUAUUAGUUUGCUGAGGCUGCCAUAACAAAGAACCAUAAACCAGCAGUUUAAACAAGAGAAAUGUAUUGUCUCCCAGUUCUGGAGGCUGGAGGUCUGAAGAAGGCAAGAAGGCAAGGUUGUCAGCAGGAUAGCUUCCUUCUGAGGUCAGAGGAAAACCUCUGUUCCAGGCUGCCCUCCUUGACUUGGAGAUGCUGUUAUACCUUUUCCUCACAGUGUCUUCCCUCUAUACGUGUCUGCCUCUGGCUCCAGAUGUCCUCUUUUUUUUAAGGACUUCCAUCAUCUUGGAUCACCCUACUCCAGUAUGAUCUCAUCUUAACCGAUUACACCUGCAGUGACCCUGUUUCCAAAUAAGGUCACAUUCUGAGCUUAGUAGGGCCCUGUUAGGACUUCAGCAGGUGAAUUUGGGACAGACACAAUCAACCCAAAACAGUACAUUGCUGUCAAGGUUUGUGAUGUACUCUGAGGCAGAGAGCAAAAGUGUGUUUUACUUUUCUUUCACUUGUGGUGUAAAACGGAAAAACUGAAAGAGAAAUGAAUGAUUGUUUUUGAAGGUGGUAGAAUGUCCCCAAACCUGAAAAUUUUUACAAAAAAAGACUAUUCUUUUGUUCUGUCCGCUAAACCAGAAGUUUAGUUCUGGUAGAAGCACAGAAGUUUAGUCUUGGAAGAGACCCAGGGGGAGGAAGGAUGUUUCUUGUGGUCACCCAGUCUACAGCUCUCCACACCACGUUCAUCACCUUCAUUUCCUGUGUCUCCAUCUACACUGUUGAUUGCCCUUGUUAGUAACUCCUUUUUUUUCUGCAUACAAAGAAUGGUUGUAGCCACUCUAAAAAUGAAUGUUAUCACUGUUUUUUUUUUUUCCUUCCCUGGGGAAAGCUAAUAAAAAAAAAUGUUAGCACACAGCUGACAUGUUUGCCUGAAUUCCUUUGUUUAUAUCCACAAACAUUUGUGUGCUUAACUCGCAUUUAAAAUCUACCAUAAUGGGAACUGGAUCUAAGUCACCCCAGAUUUAUCCAAAUUCUUAUGGACUCAUUGCCUAAGUCAGAGCAAUCCCAGGAAAAUACGGGCGCCUUCCAUUUUCCUGUGGGCUGAUUUUUCAGAGGACCGAGUUUUAUGUUUACUCCCAGUCCACAUUGCUUCCAGUUUGGUCAUUGUAGAUAAGAAAGGUUCAUCAGCCAGGAAAUGUUUGCACACAUGAACUCUCGUCUGCUCCGCAGAGGACAGCUGGUAACUUAACUUUGGAUAUUUGCCACAACACUACAUCUGAUCGAUUCAUAAUCUUUUUGUCUGCUC